GUAUCAAAAUAUUUGCACAGAUUUAGUUUGAACGAGAACAUGGGGGACAUGACACCAGCAGAGGAGACGGAGCUAAGGGCUGCUCGUUGCCAGUUGUUUGAAUCCAGCAUGAGGAAUGAAGCAAGAAGACUGAGGACUUUUUGGCAAUGGCCAGGCACCUCACCUGUGUCUGCCCGAGAUUUGGUCAAGGCUGGCUUUUUCUUUGUGGGUCCAAGAGAUGAAGUUCAGUGUUUCUGCUGUGGUGGUGUCCUGAAGGACUGGAGACCUGGUGACUCCCCGAUAGCAGAGCACCUGAAGUACUUCCCUUCCUGUAAAUUCAUUUGUGGUGAGGAUGUUGGGAACCAAGAGAUGCUUCCUCUUCAGGAAAUCUUUGACACUGUGGAUGGGCAGUUCCUCAGCCUCUUGCAGGGGAUAGACAGUGAGGAGACAGCCCUGCCUAAUGAACCAGAAUACCCAGAGAUGGUGACAGAGGAGAUGAGACUGUCUACAUUUCAGAACUGGCCACAAUAUACUGACAUGCAUCCCGAGGAACUGGCUAGAGCAGGAUUCUUUUACACAGGACAAGGUGAUGUAGUGAGGUGUUUCUACUGUGAUGGUGGUGUGAGGAACUGGUCGUUCGGAGAUGAUCCUUGGAGGGAACAUGCCAAAUGGUACCCAGGGUGUGAAUUUUUAUUGCGGUCGAAAGGGAGAGAAUUUGUUAGCAGUGUUCAGGAGUCCUUUUCUAGCACCCUGCUAUCUCCAAGAGAUUCCUGGAGUCGAACUGAACAAGAUUCUUCUACUUCCCAAGAUCUUCUGAGGAACUGGGAAUUGCAGGCUCUUCCUUCUCUGGAGCAGUUUACCAUAGUACAGAAUGUCCUGCAGAUGGGCUUUGACCCCACCUGGGUAGCUAACCUGAUAGAGAAUAAAUACAUGCUGACUGGGACUUUCUACCUUUCUGAGUCAGAACUGAUUUCUGAUCUGCUUCAGCCAGACUGGGAAGAGAGCAGCAGUGCAGAGGAGAGCAGAGAUGCUGCUCAGAGAGAGACCGAAACAUCAAGUUCAAGAGAAGAAAUGGGAUCUGUGCAACAGAAGGAAUCAGAUGAGUCUGAGGUGAACACGGAAGAACAACUGCGACGCCUGCAAGAGGAAAGGAUGUGCAAAGUGUGCAUGGACAGAGAUGUGUCUGUGGUCUUUGUUCCUUGUGGCCAUCUGGUAGCUUGUGGAGAAUGUGCCCUCAAUUUGAGAUUGUGUCCUAUCUGCAGAGCAGUCAUCCGGGGAAGUGUGAGGACUUUCAUGUCCUGA